AUGGAGUCGUCGUCGUCGUCAACCUCCGGAAUCUCUCUCCGGCCGUUCAAAGCGAGCGACGCCGACGACUUCCUGUCAUGGGCGGGCGACGACAAGGUCACGCGUUACCUGAGAUGGAACACCAUCACCUCCAGAGAAGAAGCCCUAGCGCACAUCCAACAAGUGGCCAUUCCUCAUCCAUGGCGCCGCUCGAUCUGCCUCCGCGAUCGCUCAAUCGGCUACGUCUCCGUGAGGCCGGAGGCCGGCGAUGACCGGCACCGGGCGCACAUAGGGUACGCCGUCGGAAGCGAGCAUUGGGGGCGGGGUUUUGCCACCGCAGCUCUCGAGAAGGCCGUCGCUUGUGUCUUUGAGAGCUUCCCCUUUCUGGUGAGGCUGGAGGCGUUGGUUGAGGAGGAGAAUCUUGGCUCUCGGAAGGUUCUAGAAAAAGUUGGUUUUGUGAGGGAAGGAUUCUUGAGGAAGUAUGGUUUUAAUAAAGGAGAGAUUAGAGAUAUGUUUAUGUAUAGAUUCUUGAGGAAUGAUCAAAUUGGUACCAAGAAGUGAAUUUAUGCUACGGUAACGUAUUGUUGUUGUAUUAAUUCAACAAAAAAAAAAUGUUACGGUAACGUAUUGUUGUUGUAUUAUAUUAUUUGGUGUUGUGGACUCACAUGCAUGGCGUUCUCGCGUGUGUACAGUGAUGUUUUCCACUAUUAAGUGGUGUUGAGGUCUCGUCCAUUUUGCGUGUGGAUUACAUAAUUGAUUGUACUCAUAUAGCUCUUGUAAUUUAAAAAAAAAAAAGAAAAAAAAAGUAAGAAUCUAAUAUUUGUUGGCUAGUUCUUGAUGAU